AUGUACACUAUGGCGCUUGUCUGCCGAGACCCCGCGUUGGCCGAAAAGCAGAUGGCGUUCAUGAGUCGGGAGGCCUACGACAAGCUGAUGAGGCUGCGCGCGGAGUCUGGGUGCUCGUCCAACGGACACGUAGGCGAUAAAUGCGUCUUCUUCGUCGACUCCUGCAGCUUCGCGCACGUCCGCGCGUGGGGUCAGCCGGCCUUCCGCGACAUCCGUCCCCCCAGUCGCCCGUAUCCGUAUCCCCACGGAGACGCCCCGCCCCCGCCCCCGCCCACCACAAAGCGGUCAAGCUCGUGCGCGAUCCGCGCAGCUGGGGCGUCUCCAUCGCCGAGCUCGUCGCGCGCUGGCCGGACGUCCUCCCCCCGAAGUUCCACAGCGAGCCGUACAGCACCGAGUUUGACGCCUGUGUCUACACGUUCAUGCUAA